GAAGUUGUGCCAUCCAAUUAAUUAUUUAGGUACCUAGUAUACCUCGGUAUAUAGCAUGAUAUGCCUAUUGACCUUAACGCCGGUAAGCCAGUAUUGUCUCAUCCAACCUGCAUUAACAUCAUUUACAUACCAAUCCGGGGAGUGUGAUAUGGUUUAACCUAUGGUUUCUGCAGGACUCGUCACUAUUACCCCCUGGUCGGGACUAGGGAACGCAUGAGGUAAUAAAGACCGAAAAGCGCACGAAGAGGAUCCGACGGUAUCUGACUUAUACCGACCGUGCUGACAAUUACCUAUUACUGAGUAUCUGGGCAUUUAUAUAUUACAAUCUAGACUUGUGCAAAUAUUGAAAGAUCAUUGUCUAUUAGUAGGUAGACAAAUAAUAGCAACCAUGGCGAAAGCUCCUGAUCUAAACAUCCCCACUUCAACCUCCAUCGUCGAUGUCUCCAUCAUAAACACAGAGCAGACCAUUCGUGGGCUUCAUCCCGGACGGUUUAUUUCGCCAGCGAUCCCCGGGCAUGAUUAUUUAGGAGCGCCAAUUUACUCCUUCCUAGUCAAGCAUCCAGUUCAGAACCGGACCAUUGUCUUUGAUCUCGGUCUUAGGAAGGACAUUUGGAAUUGGCCACCUGUCCUGGUGGAGGAAUUCAAGAACGCCAACGUCAAUAUCAUCGUGCCUAGGCACAUCCGAGAAAUUUUAGACGAUAAUGGCAUCGAUACAAAGAGUCUCGAGGCCGUGGUAUGGUCGCAUGCGCAUCUAGAUCAUACGGGAGACCCGACGACCUUCGAACCCCAUACGAAGUUGAUCGUGGGGCCUGGAGUUAAGACUGGAGUAUUCCCGGGAUACCCGGCGAACCCAAAGUCUAGAUUCCUCCUCGAGGCCGACUACGCGGGUCGAGAGGUUCAGGAAUUGGAAUUCGAGAAUUCCCCGAUCAAGAUUGGAAAAUUUCCGGCUCUCGACUACUUCGGGGACGGAUCGUUUUACUUCCUUGAUUCACCGGGGCAUUGCAUCGGCCAUAUAUGCGGCUUAGCGCGCGUGACUAGUAAUCCGGAUAGCUUCAUCUUGAUGGGAGGCGAUAUCAUUCAUCACGGGGGUGAGCUCAGACCGCACCCAUUCCAUCCACUACCAAAUCAUAUCACGCCUCACCCUUUCAACCCGGUGGCCCCAACGCCGUGCCCGGGAGAAAUAUUUGAGAAGAUCCUGCGCGACGGUAAAGAACAGCCAUUCUAUGUCCCUUCUAGCAGCUCUCCUAAUGGGCAGCCGACUGUACACGAAGAUGUGGCAGAGGCAAUUGAAAGCAUCAAGAAGCUCCAAGAAGUUGACGCGUACGACAACAUCCUCGUCGUCCCGGCCCACGAGCAUUACCUGCUAGGUGUGGCGGAUUUCUUCCCUAAACCCGCGAAUGACUUCAUGAAGAAAGGCUGGGUCAAGAAAGUAAGAUGGGGUUUUCUAGCGGACUUCGCUAAAGCCGUUGGCUAUGAGGGUAAGGUCGAAGCCGCAGGUGACUAUGGUCCGCUUCCGCCAGGAGAGUACGAAAACAAGUUGAAAGAUGCUGGGAAGUAGUGGUUAUAUGAGGUUACUACCUACCUACAUGGCACAUUGGAAUAAUGUCGAAAGUUUCUCCUUACAUGCCCAGCAAGGUAUUCGCUGCUUAUGGCCGUCCAUCCAAUAGCAUAAAUUUGAAAUAUUUACCUCGGAUCCUCGUUUCACGAACUUCAUGUAUGUCUUAUGUAAGGGAGUGUGGGUGUUACAAUGCAAUCUAGGUACUUGGCCUGUUUUUUUAAGCUAUGAUGGCGCUUCUUGCGUCGUUCGGUAUUAGGUACCUAUCUACUUUGGUAGGUACUUCAUCAAUUACCAUACUAGGUAGCAUUGCAAC